GUUUUCCUCAGUGAAAAGCGGAGGAGCUCAACCUUUUAUUUUAAUGGAUUUAAUAAGCAGUUGCGUGAUUCUUUCUCUUUCGAAGUUUUAGUUUGAUUGUUCUAUUUUAUUUGAAAUUAGUAUAUGUUAAAGGGUACCAUUGAUGGUGUGGUUAUGAGUUUAUCAAAAGAUUGAUUAUGCUUGGUUUAUUCAUUAUUAUGCUUAAUGCAAUAUUUUAUGAAUGAUAUGAAGGAGUAUUAUGGGAGUGGAGAGACAAAGAAAGUGUCAUGGAGAAAAUCACAACUCAAAGGGUUGCGUCGUUUCCUCAUUGAAAAAGAAGAUAUUUUGAAGGCCUUAAUGCUCGACUUAGGAAAGCAUAAAGUUGAAGCUUUUAGAGAUGAGAUAGAAACUUUGAUGAAGUCCUUGAAUUUUGCAUUGAGUAACUUAAAAUAUUGGAUAUCAGGCAAAAAGGCUAAAUUGCCACAAAUAGCACUGCUUAGUAGUGCAGAAAUUGUUCCUGAACCUCUGAGCCUAGUCCUCAUUAUUUCAUCUUGGAAUUUUCUCUUUGGUGAGUCAUGCUUUUUGAACCAUUUUCCUUAUGUUGAUCAAGUAUUUGUAUAG